AUGUAUCUCGGUUGGAUCGAUUAUGCAAUUUUAGGUGUGCUUUUGAGUUUCUCGGCUGGCAUAGGUAUCUAUCAAGGUUGUAUUCGUUCGAAACAAUUGUCAGCGAGCGAAUUUCUCGUUGCCGAUGGCCAAAUGACGGUGUUGCCAACAGCAAUAAGCUUGCUGGCAGGUGCCAGGUCUGCAGUCAGUUUACUUGGAGUACCUGUAGAGUUCUAUCUAUAUGGAACCAUGGGAUUGUAUGGCAUAUUUGCUUCACUUAUGGCAACCUAUAUAACGACAAAAGUGUUUCUACCUAAACUUCGUCAGACUGGAGAUGUCAGUAUUUAUUCUUAUCUUGAGCGACGCUUCUCACUAUCAGUUCGUAUUAUGGUGACAUGUACUUAUAUUCUUGGCACAAUUCUAUAUAUGGGUGUUAUUCUCUAUGGGCCGAGCUUGGCAUUGAGUCAAAUGACUGGGUUAAACAUUUGGCUUGCAGCUGGUUCAUGUGGAUUGGUUUGUACAAUUUAUACAAGUAUUGGUGGAAUUAAAGCUGUGAUUUGGACUGAUGUUGUACAAGCUGUCAUGAUGUAUCUUGGCCUUAUUGUGUCGAUUGUUUUUGGUAUGUAUCAAUUAUUUCGUUAUUUGAAAUAG